GAAAUUAGAAAAAGAAGAAGAAGAAGAAGAAGAUGAAGAAAAAAUGAAGAUAGGAAAUAUUCAAAAGUCUUCUCUUUGAACUCAAUUAAUUAAUUACCUAAAGAGAGAGAAACAGAUUUCUUAGCAUCAGUAACAGCUAUCAGUUUCUUUUAAAUGUAACUAGCAGUUGUUAAGGUUUGCAGACAAGAGAAAAAUUUUGUCUGAUGGAUACUCGCUGUUUUCUUGCCUUUUCUCUCACUUUCCUUCUCAUUUCCCCUCAUCUCUCCCGCGCUUCAAUUCGGAUUUCCGGCCAAAAGAAACCAACGAAGAAAGGUGUUUUUUCCGUUGUUUUUGAUCCUACUCGUGUCAUUCCGCUUUCAUGGAGUCCAAGGGUCUUUACAUACAAAGGAUUUCUAUCACAUGAGGAGUGUGACCAUCUCAUUGAUCUGGGUAAGGAUAAGCUAGUGAGGUCAGUUGUGGGAGAUAAUAGCACAGAGAGCGAAAUCCGCACCAGCUCUGGCAUGUUUCUUGUGAAGCAUCAGGAUGAAGUAGUUGCUGAUAUUGAAGCCAGGAUUGCUGCAUGGACCUUUCUUCCAGAAGAGAAUGCAGAAUCCAUUCAGAUACUGCGUUAUCAGCAUGGUCAAAAGUAUGAGCCACAUUUUGAUUUUUUUUACGAUAAGGUUUAUCAUGAGGAGCUAGGUGGUCACCGUGUUGCCACUGUUCUCAUGUAUUUGUCUGAUGUUGAGAGUGGUGGGGAAACAUUCUUUCCCUCCUCACAGGCCGGAAUCACUCAGGGAAGGCAUGGCAGCUGGUCAGAAUGUGCUAAAAGAGGCUAUGCAGUAAAACCCAGGAAAGGUGAUGCAUUGCUAUUCUUCAAUCUUCACCUUAAUGGAACUACAGAUGUUUACAGCUUGCAUGGGAGUUGCCCUGUGAUCAAGGGCGAGAAAUGGUCUGCAACCAAGUGGAUCCAUGCCAGGACCUUUCAUAAACCAAAGAGGCACUCGGCAAAGGGUGAGUGUGUUGAUAAGAGCGAGAGCUGCCCAAUGUGGGCAAAGGCUGGUGAGUGUGAAAAGAACCCUGAAUACAUGUUGGGUUCUGAAAAAUAUAAUGGAUACUGUAGGAAAAGUUGUAAGGUAUGCUCGUCUUAGGACAUUUUUUCCUCAUUAGUUGUGUCUCAAGUGGUCUAUAUACUUCCAUUGUUACGCUUUACCCAGAGAAAUGAAAGUCAUACUCAUUUAUAUUAUAUGAUUCUCCAGUUCAAGGAAGCUAUUCUCACUAAUUACUUGGAAUAAAGCAAAUUAAUUAAA